AUGCUGAUCAUACUUCCCAACCAGGAAGUGGGAUCUCUGAGUCAGCGCGGCGUGUUGUUCCUCUGCGAAGUGACUCUGAUUAUUUUCCAGCCUCCCAGCCCUAACUUGAAGGAUAAAGAUCAGAUGGUGACUGAACAGAAGCUGCCCGGGUCCUGGGUCCAUGAUGUACGCGUGACCAAAGCUAUGAUGGAAAGGUAUCCCUGUGAAGAAGAGCCUUUCACGUUUCAUGACCAUCACUCCUUUAGAUCAUCCUGGUACCAACCAAAUUUUGUAACAGAGUUACUUCAUAAACUGCUUCCCAUUAAAUUUUUAGAGUUAAAAUAUGUGCCUAGGCCAGUUCGAUAUUCAGAAGCUGAUUACCCACGAAUUGAUUAUCAAAGAAGAGAGAAAUUUUGGGACCCUAUAAGGCUAACUCUUUUCAUAUUGGCAAUUGUAGCAAUCAUAGGAAUUGCGAUUGGUAUUGUUACUCAUUUUGUUGUUGAGGAUGAUAAUUCAUUCUAUUAUCUUGCCUCUUUUAAAGUUACAAAUAUAAAAUACAAAGAAAAUUAUGGAAUGAGAACUUCAAGAGACUUUAUAGAAAGGAGUCAUCAAAUUGAGAAAAUGAUGUCUAGGAUAUUUCGAAAUUCUUCUGGAGAGGGUCGGUUUAUCAAAUCUCAUGUCAUCAAAUUGAGUCCAGAAAAAAACGGUGUGAACAUUCUUAUGGUGCUCAUGUUUCGAUACCCAUCUACUGACAACACUGAGCGAAUCAGGAAAAAAAUUGAAAGGAUUUUAUAUCAAACUAUGAAGACGAAACAGUUGCCUCUGACUAUAAACAAACCAUCAUUUACACUUACAUCUAUUGACCGCAAAAAGAUGAGGAAUCUACUCAAGAGCCGCUGUGGAAUAAGGAUGACAUCUUCAUAUAUGCCAUUAUUAGCAUUCUCUUCUACUGAAAGGAUUGUCCAAGGAAGGAAAACUUCCAUGGAAGGAGAGUGGCCAUGGCAAGCCAGCCUCCAGCUCAAAGGCAAGGGCCACCAGUGCGGAGCCAGCCUCAUCAGUAACACGUGGAUGCUCACAGCAGCUCACUGCUUCCGCAAAAAUAAAGACCCAAGUCAAUGGAUUGUUACUUUUGGUACAACCAUAACACCACCUGCGGUGCAAAGAAGUGUGGGAAAAAUUAUCAUUCAUGAAAAUUACCAUCAAGAAACAAAUGAAAAUGACAUUGCUUUGGCUCAGCUUGCUACCCGUGUUGAGUUUUCAAAUGUAGUUCAGAGAGUUUGCCUUCCUGAUUCAUCCAUAAAGUUGCCACCUAAAACAAGUGUAUUUGUGACAGGAUUUGGCUCCAUUGUAGAUGAUGGACCUACACAAAAUCACCUUCGGCAGGCCAGGGUGGAAACCAUAAGCACAGAAGUAUGUAACAGAAAGGAUGUGUAUGAUGGUCUGGUAACCUCAGGAAUGUUAUGUGCUGGAUACAUGGAAGGAAAAAUAGAUGCAUGUAAGGGAGAUUCUGGUGGACCUCUGGUUUAUGAUAACCAUGAUAUCUGGUACCUUGUUGGUAUAGUAAGUUGGGGACAAUCCUGUGCUCUUCCCAAAAAACCUGGAGUCUACACAAGAGUGUCUCGGUAUCGAGACUGGAUUGCCUUAAAGACUGGCAUCUAGUGUGAACUGACCAUGAAUUAUGCCCAUGGCACACAGAGCUAAAACUCCUGCAUAUUGUGUAUUAUUUACAUUCUUGUGGUUUGGAUCAGUGCUUUGGCUGGAUGUCUGGAAGUCCUUCAGACUCAGACCAAUCUAAUAUCAUGAGGUGGACACUGCGCACAUGUGACAGGACUCCUUCUCUAUGCUAAAAGAAGACAUGGAAAAUGACAAGCAGCACCAACUCCUCACUCACCAGAGAAACUGUUUGUGAUCUUGUUCAUCAGAUGAAUAUUUACAAAUGACUUCCCCUAAUUGAAGAAGGGGACCAUCACCUUCCACACGAUAUGAGUUGCUGCCAGGGCUGUCAAAAUCUUACUUCAUAUAGUACCCAGAGCACUUGGAGUUCUUCUGACAAAGAAUCAAACAGCAGUCUUCCCUGAGGAUUCAGGGCUUCAACACUUUAGAACAGAUGACUAGACAUUCAGUGGCUAGAAUAGAGAAGUGUGGGAUCUGCAACACAAUUAGAACUCUAUACCCUGGGCUUAUAAAUGAUACAAAGAGCAUUAACAUUAACCACAAGAGUUGCCAUGUAAAAGACAUUUAAAUGUAUCUGAACUUAUUGUUAACAUUGGGUUAUACACAUAGCACUAGUUUUAAGGUGCAUGCUCCAUUAUUAAUAAGCAUUUCCAAUAUACUCUCUAACAUCUUGCCAUCUUACAUCAACUGGAGCUAUACCAAAAAAGAGAAUAAGAAAGACUCAUGGGAGUGCUUUUCCAUGGGUACAAGGAGGAUAAAAAGAACCAAUUGGACCAAGACUAGAAGAAUUGUUUUCAAAUUAUUAAUAACAAAACAAGCAUUCUUUAGAUUUUGUGUAGAAUGAGACAUCCAAUUAUUUAUUUAGAAACACCUAUAUCAACAUGUGGUAACGGCUGACUCUGUAAGUCUUCCGUUCUCUGACAAGUCAGGUGUCUAUCAGAAUGUCAGGUUGGAAGAGAUGACUUGUACACAGCACUCAGGACAGUGCCUGUCAUAUAUUACAUACUAUAUAAAUGUUUGCCAUAAUGGAAAGGAAUGCUUCUAUGAAUUUUCAGAUGAAACUCAUUUAAUUUGUCAAAUGAGUGAAUGAUUUUGGGGCUUAAAUCAGCUUCAGGCCUAGUGGCGGAGAGCAUAGGCUUCUUCAGAACCAGGCUGUCAGAGCUUAAACCUUGGCUCUGCUGAGUACAAGCUGUGUGUCCUUAAUGUCUCUCUCUGUGCAUUAGCUCUUUCAUCCCUACAAUUAGAAUAAAAAUGGUGCCUACCUCAUAUCAUUAUGAGGAUCAAAUGCAUUAACAUAAGUAAAGCACUUAGGACAAUGUCUGCUGUACACAGCAGGCUCUCAAUAUGGACUAGCUGCUAUAAAUUAUUGUUUUGGACUCAAUAAAACAAUAUACUUUUUAAAAACUUGCUUCUUUAAAAUCAUAUCAUUGAUUUCAGAAUACUUUCAAUUGCUUUGUAAAAAAGUAAGGUGAAUUACUAUGUUGUCAAAACAACUGUUUAUGUCUCGUUAAUAUAUAUUCAACAAAGUCAGCUUAUACGCAAGCAGUCACAGGAUGCCAGGCCAUUCUGUCACUAGUGUUGUGAAUACAGACAUGCAGCUAUAUUCAUAUCCAGGUCUCAAAUGCUAGAUUUGUUGUCCUGAUUUAUCAGAGAAAAAUCUAGUCUCUUAGUUUCUUUAAUGACUGAAACUUUUAAUUUACAUGUAUGUGUGUUAUAUGUAAUAUAUGUAAAUAAGAUAAAUAUAACUACAAAUACUCCUAGCUAUUAUUUAAUAUCAAUACUAAGGUAUCAUAAACACAAAAGGGUCAUCCAUACACACUUUCCUUUGGAAAAGAGAAUGUCACCAAAUUUCUGAGUUGAUGACUACUAACAACUAAAUAUUCACAGAAAAAGUAGAGUACCAGCUUAAAUCCUGAUAGUUCCUAUUACACACAGAGAAAAAGCCAAAGAUUUCUGGAGAAUUUAUGGCAUUCAAAUAUUCAAGAUGUGUUUUACUAAUGACAUACCUUUUUAUAUUAGACUUACCUGGACAUUAGAAGGGAUAAGAUAAUAUCUCUACCAAGAAAAACUUAUCUACUAUGUAAUUUCUAUAAGAAUGGAUACGUGAUUUUGUGUGCCGAUAUGUCAGAGACUGUGAUUACCUUUUGCAUAUAAAUGUCUGUGAAAACUACAUGUACUUAUUU